UCGGCACGACUAGGUGAACGGACAUGGCGGGCUGGAUCCAGGCCCAGCAGCUGCAGGGAGAUGCGCUGCGCCAGAUGCAGGUGUUGUACGGGCAGCACUUCCCCAUCGAAGUCCGGCAUUACUUAGCGCAGUGGAUAGAGAGCCAGCCGUGGGAUGCCAUCGACCUGGACAAUCCCCAGGACCGAGCCCAGGCCACCCAGCUCCUGGAGAACCUGGUGCAGGAGCUGCAGAAGAAGGCGGAGCACCAAGUGGGGGAAGAUGGGUUCUUACUGAAGAUCAAGCUGGGGCACUACGCCACGCAGCUCCAGAACACGUAUGACCGCUGCCCCAUGGAGCUUGUCCGCUGCAUCCGCCAUAUUCUGUACAAUGAACAGAGACUGGUCCGAGAAGCCAACAAUGGUAGUUCUUCUGCUGGGAUCCUGGUUGAUGCCAUGUCCCAGAAACACCUUCAGAUCAACCAGACAUUUGAGGAGCUGCGACUGGUCACGCAGGACACAGAGAAUGAGUUGAAGAAGCUCCAGCAGACUCAAGAGUACUUUAUCAUCCAAUAUCAAGAGAGCCUGAGGAUCCAGGGUAAGGCGGGCGUAGGAGGGCAGUGCGUGUCUGGAGGACCAACAGUGGCCUCCCAGGGAUUAGGGGCUGUGCCACGUGCCCUUCCUUUUCCUGCUGAGCCCCCUGCGAGGCAGCCUCCCUGUGGGGAGGGAGGGACCAGAGCUCUGUCCCCUGAAGCUGCACCCGGUCAUUUGUGUGCCCGCAGCACGUUCAUCAUCGAGAAGCAGCCCCCUCAGGUCCUGAAGACCCAGACCAAGUUUGCAGCCACCGUGCGCCUGCUGGUGGGCGGGAAGCUGAACGUGCACAUGAACCCGCCCCAGGUGAAGGCCACCAUCAUCAGUGAGCAGCAGGCCAAGUCUCUGCUCAAGAACGAGAACACCCGCAAUGAGUGCAGUGGAGAGAUCUUGAACAACUGCUGUGUGAUGGAGUACCACCAGGCCACAGGCACCCUCACCGCCCACUUCAGGAACAUGUCGCUAAAGAGGAUCAAGCGCGCUGACCGACGAGGCGCAGAGUCUGUGACAGAGGAGAAGUUCACGGUCCUGUUUGAGUCUCAGUUCAGCGUCGGCAGCAAUGAGCUUGUGUUCCAGGUGAAGACCCUGUCCCUUCCUGUGGUUGUCAUCGUUCACGGCAGCCAGGACCACAAUGCUACCGCCACAGUGCUGUGGGACAAUGCCUUUGCUGAGCCAGGCAGGGUGCCGUUCGCGGUGCCCGACAAAGUCCUGUGGCCGCAGCUGUGCGAGGCGCUCAACAUGAAAUUCAAGGCCGAAGUGCAGAGCAACCGGGGCCUGACCAAGGAGAACCUCGUGUUCCUGGCGCAGAAGCUGUUCAACAACAGCAGCAGCCACCUCGAGGACUACAACGGCAUGUCCGUGUCCUGGUCCCAGUUCAACAGGGAGAACUUGCCCGGCUGGAACUACACCUUCUGGCAGUGGUUCGAUGGGGUCAUGGAGGUGCUGAAGAAACAUCACAAGCCCCAUUGGAAUGAUGGAGCCAUCCUAGGUUUUGUGAAUAAGCAACAGGCCCACGAUCUGCUCAUCAACAAGCCCGAUGGAACCUUCUUGUUGCGCUUUAGUGACUCAGAAAUCGGGGGCAUCACCAUUGCCUGGAAGUUUGACUCUCCGGACCGCAACCUGUGGAAUCUGAAGCCAUUCACCACACGGGAUUUCUCCAUCCGAUCUCUGGCCGACCGGCUGGGAGACCUGGACUAUCUCAUCUACGUGUUUCCUGACCGGCCCAAGGAUGAGGUCUUCUCCAAGUACUACACUCCUGUGCUCGCCAAAGCAGUGGACGGAUACGUGAAGCCACAGAUCAAGCAAGUGGUCCCUGAGUUUGUGAGCGCCUCUGCAGACUCUGCUGGGGGCAGCGCCACCUACAUGGACCAGGCCCCCUCUCCAGCUGUGUGCCCCCAGGCUCAUUAUAACAUGUACCCACAGAACCCUGACCCCGUCCUUGACCAGGAUGGAGAGUUCGACCUGGAUGAGACCAUGGAUGUAGCCCGGCACGUGGAGGAACUCUUACGCCGCCCGAUGGACAGCCUGGACCACCGGCUCUCCCCGCCUACUGGUCUCUUCACCUCUGGCAGAGGCUCGCUCUCGUGAAUGUUUGAACCCCACACUUCUCUUCGGAAACAAUACUCAAUAUGAAGGGUUCAUAUUCAGUGUGAUUUUAUUUUUCUAUUGCUGUGCCUGUUGAUGGCUUUGCAGGCAGCACACGGCCCUGUGCACGUGUGCGUGCAUGUAUAUGUGUAUGAGGUGGGCCCGCCUCGCCUUCGCAGUCCCAGGCACGUGGCUGCAGCAGCCGCUGCCUCUUUCUUCAGAGAGAGGUGUUCCAAGAGCCCACUGGGUCUGUCCUUUGCAGGUACUCAAUGCAGGCAAACCAACUCCUGCCAGAGCCUUUGUCUGCCCAGCAGCUGUUUGGAAGAAAUUGUUCAAGAAGGGAAAAGAGACAGAUAAUGAAUGUCUCUAAGCUCCACUGUGACUCCUGAGUUAGAAGCUUCACCUCCCAAGCGUGUGUGCAUCUGCUCUUGUACAGAGCAACAUACGUGUUUGUCUCUUGAUUCUUCCUCACAGGAGGGAGGCUGGGGUUCAGUUUUGAGAGAUAUUUUAUACUUUGAUGAAUAUGGACUUCAGACUUUUUGUGAACUGAGCUGAUCUAGGCCAUGGCCAUGUUCCUAACAGCAGAAAUGGGUCAUUUUCGUUGGGGCCUGUUGGAGCUGCUCUGAGGAUGGUGUUUCUAGGCCUCCUGGCCUCCAACCAGGGGGCUCUGGCUUCAAGUCUAUGAGGCCACUGCCCACAAGCCUACUCUUUCCACCCACUACCCCCUUCCCUCCGGCCAGCCUCAGCCUUCUUUCCUCACCUGUCUUACUUACUUCCUACUUACUUAUGGGAAAGAUGAAGGGGAGUGGGAGAGACUGCAGUAGGACGUGGUGGUGACCAGAAGGCCCAGGGCUUGCAGGGUUGAUCCCUUCCCCUCCUGGAAAAAACCUGCCGCAAGAAGCAGCAUCAGGGGCCUGCCGCAUGCCUGUGGAGUCUGGAGUGAGGGGUAAAAGCUGAUUGCCUUCCGCUGUGCUGGGAGGUGGAACCUGGAACAGGCUUCAUCACAGUUGCAUAACUGGCUGUGGUCUGAGGCCUGGCUCCCAACCUCACACACUCCUCCCUCUGAGGCUGCCGCGUGCAGCCCAGGGCAGUGACUGGGAGUCCCAGGAUGACACAUCUCUAAAGGAAGGUGGGGAUGAAAAGAGGGAUUCUUUUGUACUCUGUACAUAGGCCAUACAUCUGUGUAAACUGUGUUUUUGAAUAAAUUUUUUUUCCAUAAA